CCGGCUCCAUCAGCGGCGCCCUGCAACUCGCACGACCUGCUACUUUUGCGUACGAGGGGAAAAUUACCGCCAUUUGCAAACUGUAUCACCAAGCCUUCUGCGUGAUUCACCACUACAACGACGCGGAGCUACUCGGAGCCAGCAGCAUCCUAGUGUUGAAGCUUCAGAAUCUUGCCAAUCCACCACUCGCCGCUUCGUCUUCCAGCGUGUCAGCUGAGUGAAAUGGCGUUGUGAUUGCCAGACGAAUCUUUGUGCUUGCGACCUUCACCAUCCCCACCGCCCUUCAUCAACGCGUACACGUUGCGACCGACUGACGACCUACUGCACUACUCACAACCAUCGUAACCUGUUAGACGCAGCUUCUGGCAUCUCUGCCGCCGCCGCAGUCGUCUCAACUAUGCCCUGCUUCAAAGGUAUCGCGGUAAGCGUCCAUGCAAAUGGUGCCCCGCUACCGGAACAUGGCAUGCAGAAGCAGUCUCGAAUGUCCCGAAUCAGCACCUAUAUUCCUGUUCCUCAACCAAAGCUUGAAGGCAAUUCGACUAAGCCCGAGCCUGCCAAGUUUGCCAUAUCAAUUACGCUUUUGACGCCUGGCCUGGCUAUCCCCUACUCCGCUCCCAAAGCCACUGACACCAACCCGUACCCCAAGCCGCAGUUCGUUGGCGAACUGCAUCCCAGCUCGCAGGGUGAGCGUGGCAAAUAUGCGGGCAUGGUGACUCCUUAUAUUCCUAUGACGAACUCCGAAAACGAAACAAUUGCGGCGUACAUCUACUUUGAUGGCCGAGCAAAGGAAGAGGUCGCCACCCUUCUGCGACCGGGUGAGGAGACCUGGGUCAACAGCCGCUGGGUUCAGGUUCCAGAUGCCGAAGGAGGUGGUCUUGCUGAACGUGAAUUUUUAUUCCGCGAAGUUGGCCUGGAACGAUGGCUGAAUGGUUUAGAUCUGCAAGGCCAAGACGUUGCUGAGAAGCUGGAGAGGCGCAGACAAAAGUUCGAAAAGCGCCGCCAGCGACAAGGCAGUAUAGCCGAAGGCACUGAAUCCGAAGGCAAGGCCAGACAAGAUACUAUGAGGUAUGGAGCCGAGGAUGGGUCUCCUCUCGAAGCCGUCCUUGAUUCUGACUCUCUAUCAUCCGAUGACGACGAACCUCCCGAGGCCACAGGCCAAAUCAAGGUGGCUAUGUUCCGAGUGUUGGCUUCCGGUGAGAUCAAGAAAGGAGAGUAUUCUCCUCAGUUUGACGCACAUGAUGGCGAUGAAGAAGGAACGGGAGGCACUGACGGGAAUGGCAUGACGGCAGACGUUGAGCACACGACCAGUUUUGCUAAGCCUAAGACACUCGACCCGAAAACAAUUAGCACUCAGACCGUUACUGGAAUAGACGGGCCUGAUAAGCCAUACGCUACUUUUACGUUUUUCUACCGUGGAGAUCGCCAGCUACAAAAGAUCGGUGUCAUACAAGGACCGAAGUCGUCUUCAGCGGCGCAGGCACACUCGAAGCGCCGGUCUGGUACUCUUGAUUUCUCAAGCAUUGCACCUCUCAAAUCCGGUGGCACUGUUGGGUUUUCAGCAUUCCGUGACAAAGAAGCGGAAGACGCAGCGCGACGCAAUAAGGCCAGAAAGAAGAGCAACGGAAACAUUGCUGACGACAGUGACGAUGACGAUGACGACGAUAUGGAUAGCAUGAUCAAAAUGGAUGAUGACAAGGAUAAUGACGGAAAAGUAGCACCAGAAGAUGCCAAAUCCGGUGGUGAGCUUGCCGAUGGUGUCAAUCGAAUCCGACUUAAGCGAGCGCACUCUGCAGACCCCGAAGGCAGCGCAACACCUGAAGCGACGCAAACUGCGGUACCGGACGUAACCGCUACGCCACAGCGUGCAACUGGUGCAUCAGUCAAGGAGACGGAAGCCACCCCAGCUGCACCCAAACCUCCAGGUGAUACUCCUGCUGAGGCUGCUGUAGGAAGCCCCUUGAAAAGGGCACGUCCUAGUGUCGAUUUGGGAAACCCAAUGAACAAAUUUUCGGCGACACAGAGCCUAAGCGCCGCACUAGGAUCAGCAAUGUCUGGAAGUACAAAUGCAUCAAGUCUGGGCACCAGCAUCAAGAUGGAAGAAGAAGAGGAAUUAUAAAUGGGCGGUCAAGUAAUGACGUCGUGUUACUCUAUUGACUGGCCUCCUUGUUUGGCUAUGCCGAGGAUGAUCAACGUUUGCGAGCGGCCUCAUCGUUGGGAGCAUUAUUGGAAACGGUGAGCAGGUAGCUGUGGCAAGUAACGACGAAAUUGCCUGUGCUCUCCUGCUGCCGACAUAUAGGACGGUUUCCAGCAUUAAAUUACAGGAUUAUAAAAAAGAGUCCCAGUCUGCGACUUUAGUACUAUACAAGAUUUCUUCCUUCAAUUCAUUGCAUUGCACAUUUUUCAUCAUAUCUUUUUUCACGGUGUAUAAAGGGUCAAUAACAAUACAUGUCACUCCACAGUCGUCUCAAAUUACUUGUUUCUUACCGAAGCACACUGGGAUACCAAUGGCACAGGGAUGUAAGCUAUAGCAGAAGCUAAAGGAGAAGAUCCUAGUCCGUCGGAAGGCAAGACCUUGUGGAAUAGCGUGCUUGCUGUUGGGUAUUCGCUACAAUCGAUGCAAUUGUUUGGGUAUCUUGAGUAAGCCUGAAC